AUAUCUCACACUUCAAGUAUAAAAACCCCUUCAACACAAAUGCUUUCAUAACCCAAACAAAUUAUUCUGAAUAGCAUAUUAUAGAACGAGUGUUUACACAUUUUCAUUCAUGAAAAUGUCAUUUUACAAUGAAUUGUUCCUCCAAAUUCUUUUGAUUUCUUCUUUGAUUGCUCUUAGUUCCCAAUUCCAAACUCGAAGGCAUUAUAAUUUUGUUGUGAAAGAAGCUCGUUACACAAGACUGUGUAGCACAAAAAGCAUAUUGACUGUGAAUGGAAAAUUUCCAGGGCCAACUAUAAGAGUCCACAAUGGUGAUACAAUUUAUGUUAAUGUUUAUAACAAGGGAAAACACAACAUAACUAUACAUUGGCAUGGAGUGAAGCAGCCUAGGAAUCCAUGGCCAGAUGGUCCUGAGUAUAUAACUCAGUGUCCAAUUCAACCUGGAAAGAAAUUCAGACAAAAAGUGAUUUUUUCAGAAGAAGAAGGGACUUUAUGGUGGCAUGCUCAUAGUGAUUGGACUAGAGCAACCGUCCAUGGGGCUAUCAUUAUAUAUCCUAAAAUAAAUAGUACCUACCCUUUUAUUAAACCUUACAAAGAGAUACCCAUCAUAUUUGGUGAAUGGUGGAAGAGUGAUGUCAACGAAGUCUUUACAGAAUUUCUUCAAAGUGGGGGAGCUCCAAACAUAUCUGAUGCUAUUACUAUAAAUGGUCAACCAGGAGAUUUGUAUCCUUGCUCAAAAUCAGAAUCAUUCAAGCUAAAAGUAGACCCGGGAAGGACAUAUCUUCUACGCGUGGUUAAUGCAGCAAUGAAUCUCAUUCUCUUUAUGUCAAUUUCUAAACACAAACUCACUGUUGUCAGUGUUGAUGCUAUGUACACAAAACCAAUGACAAGAGAUUACAUUUGCAUAUCACCAGGAAACACAAUGGAUGUAUUGUUUCAUGCCAACCAAGAACCUAAUCACUACUAUAUGGCUGCAAGAGCAUAUUCAACUGGAGUUGGAGUAGAAUUUGAUAACACCACAACCACUGCUAUAGUACAAUACAAAGGGAGUUCUACUCCACUUUCAACUCCUUCAUUACCUAAUCUUCCAGACUAUAAUGACACAACAGCAGCUUUUGACUUCAUCACAAGCAUUAGAGGCAAACCUGAUAACUACUCUCAUGGUGUCCCAAAAAAAAUCAACACUCAUAUGCUAACAACAGUUUCUAUCAACACCUUUCCAUGUCCCAAUAACCAAUCCUGUGAAGGCCCAAAUGGAACCAUUUUAGCUGCUAGCAUGAACAACAUAAGUUUUCAAGCCCCUAACUUUGACAUACUAGAAGCUUAUUACUAUCAUAUAAAUGGGGUAUUCAAAAAGGGAUUUCCAAAUUUUCCACCUUAUAUAUUUAACUUCACUGCAGAUUCUUUGCCUUUGACCUUGCUAACACCAAAGCGAGGAACUAAAGUUAAAGUUCUAAAAUAUGGCUCAAAUGUUGAACUUGUUUUCCAAGACACAAAUUUGAUUGCAGGGUUAGACCAUCCAAUGCAUCUACAUGGAUAUAGUUUCCAUGUUGUUGGAUAUGGAUUUGGUAAUUUCAACAAAAGUAAGGACCCCAUGAAUUACAAUCUGGUUGAUCCUCCGCUUGUGAAUACAGUGACAGUGCCUAAAAAUGGAUGGGCGGCUAUUAGGUUCGUCGCCACCAACCCUGGAGUAUGGUUCCUGCACUGUCAUCUAGAACGCCACCUCUCUUGGGGCAUGGAGACAGUGUUUAUUGUGAAGAAUGGCAAAGCGAUCAAUGAAACAUUAUUGCCUCCGCCGCCGGACAUGCCCCCUUGUUGAUGAAUCUUUUAGACUUUUCUUUGUUAUUGACAGGUUUAUGUCUUUUGUUUUGGGUUGUGCCAUCUUUUGUAGCUUUUUUUUGUGUUGAUGUGUUUGUUAUGUUCCAUCUAGCUCUUUGUUGCCGAAUAAAAAACAAAAUGAAAGUAAUUUAAUAAAAGUGAACUACUGUGACAAAGAAACCUUCAAAUGAAUGAUAAGUUAUAAGCUC